AUGAACCGCAUAAUAAAAAGAUGCGUGAGAUGCAAGCGUAUGACUCGCAUCCGAGCCAUUAGAUGCUACUCCACCCCCUCCCGCCCUUCAAUCUCCGCAAAGCCUACCCUCGAUCUGUUCCAUAUCCGCAAUAACCCAGAUCUCUACGCUCAGAACUGCCUCUCGCGAAACUCACCCAACCUCGCCUCCAACCCAUCCCGUAUCGUAAAGCUUAUGUAUUAUGACCAAGCUUUACAGUACGCUGCGAAGUCUUUACGUGAACGCUCAAAUGCUUUACAAAAGAAGCUUGUAUUGCUAAAAGCAGAGGGGAAGAACAUUGAAGGAGCGCUCAAGGAAGCGAGGGAGACUGAGACAAAGCUUCUUGAAGUUGAAGAUGUUGAGGAGGAUAUCAUGAGCAAUAUAGAGGAGUUGGCACUGGCGUUGCCGAAUCUUGCCAGUAAGGACACGCCGAAGACCGAGUUUGAGCCUGUCUGCCAUGUCAACGCCGAUGAAAAGACUAUUCAGAUCAAGGAUAGCAAGGGAAACCCUAUUCAUCACGCCGAGAUCGGGAAGCAGCUUGGCAUCAUCGACUUUGCUUGUGCUGACGCUGCAUCCGGCCGGGGAUGGUACUACCUCGUCGGCGCCGGCGCCCUCCUAGAACAAGCCCUCGUCUCCUACGCGCUCACCUUUGCAGCCCGCGAAGGCUGGACUCCUGUCACGGCCCCAUCCAUAGUCUACUCUCAGAUCUCCGCGGCUUGCGGGUAUCAGCCCCUUGAUAGUAGCGGUAAGCAGCAGAUUUACAACAUUGCGCAGGACGAGAUUAGUGCUGUGCAUGAGAUGAGCCUGACGAGGACAAGCGAUAUUGCGCUGGCUGCAAUGAGGGCAAACACAGUAAUCUCGGAGGACGAGUUGCCGCUUAGAAGGGUCGCUGCUUCGAGAUGUUAUAGGCCUGAGGCUAGGCGCAACGCGGAGGGACGGUAUAACGUGCAUGAGUUCACCAACGUGGAGUUAUUCGCCUGGAUGAAGCCAGAGGAGGAAGAAAUGGGAUACUUCUUUGAUGAGAUCAUCGACAUCCAAACUGAUAUCCUCGGCGCCCUCGGCCUCACAUGCCGUGUGCUUGACAUGCCAGUCCACAAACUCAGCGCCAGAGAAGCAAGAAGGGUCUCCAUCGAAGCCUUCUUCCCCUCUUGCGCUGUGGGCGACACACCAGAUGAGGUCCACGACGCUGCCUGGAGAGAAAUUGCCUCUGUGAGCUUCUGCACAGAUUACCAGAGUCGAAGAUUGGCGACGAGGAUUAAAGAUACGGCGGAUGGGACGUUGAGGUUCCCGUGGACAGUAAGUGCGACGCUGUUGGCGGUGCCUAGGGUUGUGGCGGCGUUGUUGGAGAUUGGGUGGGAUGCAAAUGAGGGGAUUGUGAGGCUGCCUAAGGUGUUGCAUCAAUUUAUGGGCACAGAUAAGAUUGAAGGGCGCAAGAGGGACUGA